CUAACAACAAAUCUCCGGUCGCCAUCUUGGAUACGAUCGUUUUGUUCGAAAGAUCAUUCGACUCGAGCGACUUCCCUUUUACAAAAGAGAUCACCAUAGACUUACCUCACUACCACAACAGCUACCACUGGGCCAGGUGUACUUGCGUGACCUUUCUUAUAGGGAACACUUCCAAAUCUCUAGGGGACUUAACAUCAAGAAUAAUGCUGAUGACCACCCCGUGUGAAGAUAAAGCUGUGACGAGUCCCUCGCUCAACGCCGUGGAUCAUGUGUCGACGCAGGGCGAGAGAUGUGUUGGGUGCGAGGCGAAGAUCGUGGAUCGGUACCUUGUGAAAGUGAGUGGUCGAGCCUGGCACACCAAGUGUUUAAAGUGCUGUCUCUGCUCCGAUGAACUUGGACGCGAGGCAACUUGCUACACGAAAGAUGGGAAGAUAUACUGCAAAGCGGACUACGCAAGGCAAUUUGGUACAAAAUGUGCGCGUUGCGGUCGCAGUAUUCACGCUAACGACUGGGUCCGUCGAGCCAAGAACUGUGUCUAUCAUCUCGCUUGCUUCGCUUGUGAUAACUGCAAGAGGCAGCUCUCAACCGGCGAGGAAUUUGCUCUAAAGGAUGGUCAUGUACUCUGCAAGCUCCAUUACCUAGAGGCGUUGGACACUUCACCCGCGGAAAGAGAUUACCAAGAAGUAUUCUCACCCGAUGUUGAUGGCGACGACUCUCCGAAUAGCCUGAAGAGCGGCCGACACAAGGCGAAGCGGGUCCGAACCACGUUCACAGAAGACCAACUACAGAUACUUCAAGCGAACUUUAACAUCGACUCGAAUCCCGACGGACAAGAUCUCGAGAGAAUAGCGCAACUUACGGGACUCAGCAAACGGGUCACGCAAGUAUGGUUCCAGAACUCGAGAGCGCGCCAAAAGAAAUACGGGACGCCGCUCUACAGCCCUGGUCAGCGGUCUGCGACGGCUGGGUACUAAGGAAGAACUAAACUAGGUUUGAAUUCGUCAUCAGCGGUACAAUCUGCAAUGUCAUGCGCAAUUCUCCGUUCUGCUUCAAGUGUCAAAAUGGUGAAAGUCCUCCCCCGAGGGCCACCUCGAUUAGAAGAAAUAGUAGGGAAAAAGCAUAUUAUAUCUAAAAAUGGAUCCCAUUUUAGCUUACAAUUGAACACAUAGUGUCUGACCACUUCCCUGUUUGGUCCUUUGCUCUGGAGGGUCUUUGUUAGCCGCCAUUUUGUCAUCCCAGCCAAUCACCAAGUGUGUGAAAACAUCGAUUUCCACCUGCCAUUUUGGAAUUCCUUUUCAAUAUUUUCAAUUAAAUUUGGCCAUUAAGGUGGCGCGCCGAGGUUGUUUUGGCUUAAACAGCUUUUACUAAGUUCCCUAUAUUAGACUCAUUUUCGGCUCGAUUUUCGUGAAUUUUUCAGAUUUUUUAAUACAUCUAUGCUUUGUCAGAUCCCGUAAGAUUCACACUUGUUUGAAAUCAAAUUAUAUUUUUUCAUGCAAGGUAAAUGGAAGCAAUUUUUUUAUAUUAAAAUAAAAAAAUCGAAUUCUGGGCGAUGAUUUUUUUUUCUAAAUUCACAGUAACACCUAACAAUACUCAAGCUUGAAGCACAGGAAUGUUUGGCUUAAAACUGACCUGUCAAACUUCGCGAUUGAUGAAUCUUUAUUUUACGCCAAAAUUGUCCUCGCAAUCUUUGAAAAAAUAAAUGCACUCUUGCCUACAAAGAUCCAUCCCCGAAUUUACGCCCCCUGCUAAGUCCACACCCUAAGGCAACUUGUGUGAGAGGGGCAAGAGGACCAGUGUUGCACAAGAAUAAAUUCCAGAUGGUCAAUUCGAGAGUGUUUUUAUUAAAAUAAUUUGAAAACGAAAGAAUUUUUUUCUUUUUCAACAUUUGAGCCCAAGCCGCGCCUCUUUUAAACUAUUACCCGACGCUAUGGCUAAAAUAGGCCUUACCGAAAGUACUUGCUUAAUGCAGUUGCAUGUCGAGCCUGCGUUUAUGAGAAACUAGAAUCGAAAGUUGAGGAUAUGAAUGCGCUUCAAACGAAGCCCACGCUAGUGUCACACAUGGUAAUCGACGAUAGCUGCCUUGUUUGUUCCACAUGUGACAAAGUUGCACGAGCGGAACUGAGAUCCCCUCUCACACAAGUUGCCUUAGGGUGUGGACUUAGCAGGGGGCGUAAAUUCGGGGAUGGAUCUUUGUAGGCAAGAGUGCAUUUAUUUUUUCAAAGAUUGCGAGGACAAUUUUGGCGUAAAAUAAAGAUUUAUCAAUCGCGAAGUUUGACAGGUCAGUUUUAAGCCAAACAUUCGUGUGCUUCAAGCUGGAGUAUUGUUAGGUGUUACUGUGAAUUUAGAAAAAAAAAAUCAUCGCCCAGAUUUCGAUUUUUUUAUUUUAAUAUAAAAAAAUUGCUUCCAUUUACCUUGCAUGAAAAAAUAUAAUUUGAUUUCAAACAAGUGUGAAUCUUGCGGGAUCUGACAAAGCAUAGAUGUAUUAAUAAAAUCUGAAAAAUUCACGAAAAUCGAGCCGAAAAUGAGUCUAAUAUAGGGAACUUAGUAAAAGCUGUUUAAGCCAAAACAACCUCGGCGCGCCACCUUAAAGUAUUAAAGUUUGUUCUCAGAUUAUUUCGAGAUUCACAUAAUUUGUAUUCAAAUAUCGAUUGAAAAACUACAACCAAGGUUUUGCUGACUAAGUCUCCUUAAGAAUAAACAACUACAAGUAUAUUUGGACCGUACUGACCUGUAACUAUGUUGAUGAUGCUUUAUAUUUAUGAAAUUCAAUAGAGAAUGAGCUGUAAAUAGUGAACAAAUAUUGAUAGCUGUGGCUGGAGUAUCGUCAUGAUCAUAUGACAAUGUGUCACGUGGCCAUAGUCAGGAAAUAUAGUUCACUAGUAAAUACUAUAAAAAUAUGUACAGAGAAAACAAAAUUAAAGCAAAAAUAAACAGUAACACAUGCAA